AUUGUAUCAUACACACACACACCCAUAAGUACCUAUACUUCUUCCCAACCACAUGAUGAACGAGCUGCAUCCAUUCUCAGAUAAUUCUCCUUCUAAUUUAUCCAUGAAGCAGCCAAUUGUGUUAGAAAAUACUAACAAUAACAAAUCAGGUGUAAGACCAUACGUUAGAUCGAAAAUGCCGAGGCUCAGAUGGACACAUGAUCUUCAUCGCUGCUUUGUGCAUGCUGUUGAGCGUCUUGGUGGAGAAGAUCGAGCAACACCAAAGAUGGUGCUACAGUUGAUGGAUGUGAAGGGCCUCACUAUAUCUCACGUUAAGAGUCACCUUCAGAUGUACAGAAGUAUGAAACACGAACAGUUGAUGCAAGCAGUAGCAGAGGCUGCAAAUGGGAGCAAGAGCAAUAAAAUGGAUGGUCCAGAUCAAGUGCAUUACCCCCAUGGAAACUUUCUUCAUCAUUACUACAAUGGCCAUCCUAAUUCGACCAUAACUAGCACCUAUUCAUACGAAAUUGCGUCUAAGCCUGCUUUUAUCCCUCCAGCUCCGUGGAAACCCAUGCCAAAGAAGAUGAUGGGAUUAGAAGGACGAUCGGACCCAGCUUGCAACAUGUUCAGGGAUUUCUUCAAUGGCUGCACUACUGUUCAAGAUGGGAGUGAAUGCGAUCAAUAUGGUAGCAGUUUGUCGAAUAAGCAUUUUUCAAUUAUUGAUACUGAAGAAGAAGCCCAAGACUCUGGCAGCAUAACUAUGUCCGCACAACCAUCUGCCGGAUUAGAUGAUGUGAAUAAUAAUAAUAUCUCUCUUGACCUUACCCUAGGUUAAUUAAAUAUAUCCUAAUUUGACUCUCAAAUCCUCGACAUUUGUCAUAGAAUCAAGCUAAUUACUAGCUAGAACUAUUGGUUUUGUACUAGUUUUUUAUCAAUCUGAAUAUCGACUGCUUAGCUGGGUUGAUGCUUGCUAACGGCCAGUCACAAUCUCAUGAAUUUGGAUUGUGACAGAUAGGAUUUGGUAAGAAAUUUCAAGAAGUAAUUAUCC